CUCAGUCACCAGGCCCCACUAACCACCAUAAUGUCUAAAGUACCCCAAAUAUUCGUACUAGGGGCAGGAUCUAUGGGAUGUCUAGUGGCCCAUGAAUUAAAGCAAGCAUUUGGUAAACAAGUAAAUCCCAUAUUAUUGUUUAAAACUCAAAAAGUAUUAGAUUUAUAUAAUAAUGAAGGAUCAGAAAUAACUAUUAUUAAAUCCCAAAAUUCAAAUAUACUUACAUCUAAAUCUCGAAUAAAUGGUGCAUGUAAACCACCAAUAAUAGAUAAUAAACAAGAAAUAAUUAAUAAUUUAAUUUUAUCAACUAAAACUUUCCAAUCAUUUUCAGCUUUAGAAAAUUAUAUACCUCAUUUAACAAAAGAUUCAAAUAUUUUAAUACUUCAAAAUGGUAUGGGGAUGGUACCUUUAUUAACUGAAAGAUUUUGGCCAGCAGAAUGGAAUAGACCAAAUAUAUUUCAAGCUAUAAGUACUCAUGGAGCUUAUAAAUCUUCAUUAAAUGUUGUUCAUCAUGCAGCUCCUGGUAAAUUAACUAUAUCAUAUAUUCCCAGAUCAAAUGAAGAUAUUGAAAUUCCUAAUAAAAUUCCUCAAUUUAUUGAUGAUAUUAUUAAUACUCCUAAUUUAAAUGCAUCUUAUGAAAAUUAUAAUUCAUUUUUAUUAAUUCAAAUGGAAAAAUUAAUUGUAAAUGCCACUAUUAAUCCAAUUACUGCUUUAUUAGAUUGUUUUAAUGGAGAUUUACUUCACGCUGAAAGAAUAUCUUCAUUACUGACAAGAAUUAUUAAAGAAGCAACUGAUUGUUUGUUUGCUGAAUAUAAGAUUUUACAAAGUAUUCCUGAAGCAGAAAGUUAUCUUUCACAUUCAAGAUUAUUAAAUACUGUACUUUCAAUGUGUAAUACUACCGCUAAAAAUAGUUCAUCAAUGAGAGAAGAUGUUAGACAUUUAAAUAAUACAGAAAUAGAUUAUAUUAAUGGUUAUAUUGUUAAAUUAGGUAUAAAACAUAAUAUUAGUGCCAUGACAAAUAAGACUAUUGUGGAUUUAGUUAAAAAUAAAUUAAGUAUAGAUAGAGCUAUUGAAAAGAAUGCUACUAAAUUUGUUGUUAACUAAUCAUCAUUGUAUAUAUACAAGUCUAUAAUUUAUAUAUUUAUAAUUUAUAGAUUUAUAAUUUAUAAUUUAUAAU